GGCAAGAUAGGUGUGUAACAUAUUUACAGUUGGUAACACUGUAAUUAACACCAAUCGGAAAGAAACUAAAGAAUUCAGACUUCCUUUCCAUAAUAUAGUUCUUGUGACAACCACGUUUUUGUGCCAGAAGUUUUACUUCCUAAUCCAAAAUGGGUCGAGUAAGAACAAAAACAGUGAAAAAAGCUUCAAAAGUUAUCAUUGAAAAGUACUACACGCGGUUAACCCUAGAUUUCCAUACAAAUAAAAGAAUUUGUGAAGAAAUUGCUAUAAUUCCAACAAAACCAUUAAGAAAUAAAAUUGCUGGUUUUGUUACACAUCUCAUGAAAAGAUUGAGACACUCUCAAGUACGAGGUAUUUCAAUCAAAUUACAAGAAGAAGAACGUGAACGUCGUGACAACUAUGUACCAGAAGUAUCUGCUUUAGAACAUGAUAUCAUUGAAGUUGAUCCAGAAACUAAAGAAAUGUUGAAAAUGCUUGAAUUCAAUAAUAUUAAUGGUCUUCAACUUACCCAACCCACUACACAAUCAUUUAAUAGACGUAAUUAAGUCGAUUAUUUAAACAAAAAAAUGUAAUGUUUUUUU